AAAGACCACAACUCCCAUCGAAACAGUCACAUUCACAGCCACCAAACUACUGAGGAAGACCUUGCCAACACAUCUACAGUUCUGGUUAGCUGCUCCCUGAACAGACUCGCAUUACAAGCCCAUAGUGAGGAUGCCAAACUGGGGGGGAGGAGCCAAGUGCGCUGCCUGUGAGAGGACUGUGUACCAUGCGGAGGAGAUCCAGUGCAAUGGCAGGAGCUUCCACAAACCCUGCUUCAUCUGCAUGGCCUGCAGGAAAGGCCUGGACAGCACGACGGUGGCAGCACAUGAAUCAGAAAUCUACUGCAAAACCUGUUAUGGGAAGAAAUAUGGCCCCAAAGGUUAUGGGUAUGGGCAGGGGGCUGGGGCUCUGAGCUCUGACCCCCCAUCAGAAAACAUGGACAUCCAACCACAACAGCCCAAACCUCAAGGGCCAUCGACAACUUCCAAUCCCAGCAAGUUUGCUCAGAAGUUUGGGGGGUGUGAUCACUGCUCCCGGUGUUCAAAGGCAGUCUAUGCAGCAGAGAAGAUCAUAGGGGCAGGAAAGACCUGGCACAAGAUGUGCUUCCGGUGUGCCCUGUGUGGCAAAAGUCUGGAGUCUACGACCGUGACAGACAAGGAUGGGGAGAUUUACUGCAAAGUUUGUUAUGCCAAAAACUUUGGCCCGAAGGGAAGGGGUCUGGGGAAUCCGGGAAUGAUGGAAGAGAAAGAGUGAAAACCAAAGGAAC